AUGCCAGUCAUGAGCGUGCCAGCCCAGCAGAAAGCCAGCGCCAAAAGAACGGGCAAGCGGAUCACCUUUUUCAGCGAUCAAACCGUAGCAAUGAAGGAGACCUCUCAGCAUCCCGAGGGAGCUUACUACGUCCCCAGCGGCACCGCGUCGGACCCGGGGCAGAGCGAGGCGGCGAGCACCGUCACCUCCAAUCCCGAGGGCCCUCACAUGUACCUCAGCUCCGUCAUCUUCAGCCCGGACAAGGGCGACCAGAGCCGGGGCCACUAUCAGCAGACCGUGCCAAUGAAGUGGCCCCACCAGGAGCCCAGUCAGCAGCAGCCGUCUCUGUCCCAGCAGCAGAGAGCCGCCACCUGGACCUCCAUGCCCAACUGGGGACAGAACUUUACAAAUUACAUCGGCGGACUGAACGUCACGGACUCCAGGACCCAGAACGCGUUUGCGAAAUCCAUGCACGAGACCUCCGGCCUACAGCCACAUCAGCAAGCCCCGAACAGAGCCGCGGACAAACCCGCCGCGGAGGCGUACAGGGACGCCGCCAAGCCCCGGGGGCUGGAGUGGGAGCAGCCGCAGCCGCAGCAGCAGCAGCAGCACCAGGCCUCCUUUCAGGAGACGCUGAAACCCGGAGCGCUGAACGCCCAGCAGCAGGGCGCCCCCCACCCCGGGGGGAGCUCGCCCGUUGUGGUCCACUCCCUGGAGUCCUCUGCCCCGGCGCCCCCGAAGAUCCAGGAGCCGCUCAUCCAGGACAUCACCCCCGAGCCGCGGCAGCCCUCCGACCCGCUGCCGGCCCCCCCGCAGGCCGAGCCGCCGCCGCAGACGCAGCUCCAGUCCCAGACGCAGCUGCGCCGGUCCCGCCGGCUGUCCAAGGAGGGCGGCGCCCCGUCCGACAACCCCUUCCUCCCCGCGUCCGCGGACCAGGUGGUGCCGGGGCCGCCGAGGCCCGAGAACGGGGCGCGGGACGUCCAGGCGGCGCCGACGGGCGUCAUCCAGAGCACGCGCAGGAAACGCCGCGUCUCCCAGGAAGUCAACUUGGAGAUGCUAGCUCAAGAGGCCUCUGAAAGAAAGUCUCCCACACGUGACAAGGAGCCGCACAGGCCGUGGAGCCCCGCUGAGCCCGACGGCAUGAACGCCAAGCGCCCGCGCGACGACAGCCUGCUGCCACUCGUCAUCCCCGUGUCUGUCCCAGUGAGGAGGCAGGAGCCCUCGUCUCCCGACAGGCACCCGGCAGCUCUGGCAUCCAGCUGGCCCCCCCGAGCUUCAAAUCCCCAGGACCUGGGCCGCGCAGACCACAAGCCCUCGGUAAUCGUCACCCGCCGACGCUCACUCAGGAAUUCCCUGUCAGAGAGCUCAGAGCAGAACGACUGCGCAGAGGGGGAAAAAGACGACGACGGCAAAAAGUCCAAACGGCGUCCCCGGCCCGAGCCCCUCUUCAUCCCACCACCCAAACCGGCCUUAUUCAUCGCCCCGCCCAUCUACUCCAGCAUCACACCCUACCAAAGCCACCUGCGCUCGCCGGUUCGCCUGGUCGACAACCCAAUCACAAUGCCCCCCUACACGCCUCCGCCCAUCCUCAGUCCUGUGCGAGAGGGCUCGGGGCUCUACUUCUCCACUUUCCUGUCAUCGAGUGCAGCCAGUGGCCCCGGCCUGCAGCCUUCUGCAACGCCCAAGUCAGCCUCCCGCAGCCUGUUGCGUUCCAACAGCUGCGACAUCACGCCACCAGUCUUGUCUGCUAUGAGCGAGGCCACUCCAGUCAGCAUUGAGCCACGGAUAAAUAUUGGAUCGCGCUACCAGGCGGAGGUGCCAGAGCUGAGACAGCGGGCAGCUGUCGAGCUGGAUCAGCAUCGAGCACAGCUGGUUUGGGCUCCACUGAACGAACUAGAGGAAAAACCUGACUUUCAAGGAAAAGUGGAAGACCUCAUGCACCUGGCCUGCUCCAGCGUUUUGUGUGGAGGAGGCACCAACCAGGAGUUAGCCCUGCAUUGUCUAUAUGAGUGUAAAGGGGACAUAAUGGCCGCUCUGUCCCAGCUCUUGCUGAGAAGUCCAAUUUUCCCCAAGUCUCAUCAUCUGUCCAACUACCAUUACUCAGUGGCGGACCCUCUAAGCCCGGGGCCCUGCCUCAAAGCGGGGGGCAGCUGCGGCAGUGAGAGUGUGGCGCUGAUGUCCUGGAUCACUCACAAGCGCAUCUCUCUGUCUCUGUUUUCAAACGUCUUUCUACCUGCCCCCCUCCCUCAAACAGGAUCAGACAGCUGGACGGCAGCUGAGAGGCGCCAGUUCAACAAAGCCAUUACCGCGUAUAAGAAGGACUUCUUCAUGGUGCAGAAACAGGUGACGACUAAGACGGUGGCGCAGUGUGUGGAGUUCUACUACACGUAUAAGAAACACGUGAAGAUGGGCCGCAAUGGGACGCUGACUUAUGGCGUGACGGAGCCUUCAGAGAGCAGGACCGCCCUGGAGGAGCUGGACCUCAAGGGCUCUCACAGACUGGAGCCACAGCAGGAGGAGGACAGCAGGAAGUGGGAAGGUUCAGCUGACAGGAAACAGGAUGUCUGUCCCUCCAGGGUUGCACACGCACUGCAGUCCACCGAGAACCCCGGGACGGUCCUGAUCAUGAAGGGCCGAGAGGACGGGGGCAGAGAACAGCCGCUGUCCAGGGCCAUCCACCCCCCUCACCCGCCCCCUCCCGCCUCCAAGCCGCGCCACGACGGAAACGCGCGAAAGACGAGCCCGGCGACGGGCAACAAGGGCUCGGCCGGUCAGGAGGGAGAGUUCCCCUGCAAAAAGUGUGGCAGGAUCUUCUACAAGGUGAAGAGCCGCAGCGCCCACAUGAAGAGCCACGCCGAGCAGGAGAAGAAGGCGGCGGCGCUGAGGCAGAAGGAGGCGGAGGAGCGGGCGGCGGCCGAGGCGGCGGCCAUACUGGCCGCCCGGCAGCAGAACGGGACGCGGCAGGUGGGCGGGGACAGCACCAACGAGGACUCGUCGGACGGGCAGGACGAGGAGGACGAGGACUGGCAGGCUCGGUCAAAUCAAAAGCCAUGCCGCUCCUCCCGGCGCUGUCCUGCCCUGCCUCCCCGCCGCGCCCUUCCUCAGCACUUUGAGUCUCGCAUCGCUUUGUCCUGA